ACUGGAGGUUUCUGGAGCUUAGGCGAGAGCUUUCUGGAGCUUUCUGGAGGCGCUGGAACGCUCUCUGGAGAAUUCUGGAGCUUUCUGGAGCUUUCUGGAGGUUUCUGGAGGCGCUGGAACAGGCCAAUAAUUUCCGUUUUCGGCUUCAACCGCCGACGGCAAGGCGAGCAAGGCCGAAGAAUCGCGCACAUCAACACUGGCGGCGUGCGACGAUCUUGGAGGGGGCGUUUGAAUUUGAUUUUCCGCAUCAGCUGAUUGCGAUGAGGUAGGAGCCUUCUUUCUUUUCGUCGGCGGUGGAGAAUGAGAAACCGGCAUCAUUCAACCAGGAAGGCAAAUUUACCAAUUAGAAUGCUCAAAACUCAAAACCAGAAAGCACCAAAAGAUAAUUGGUGUGAUUCAGAUGGACAAAACGAAAUCCCAAUCUUCAGAAACUAGGCCAACAGCUGAUUCAGGUUUCCGAUCAAGGUCAAGGGUGGAGCUCGAUGAGGCACGUCCGUUCCCGCCGAGAGCGCAGCGCGGAAUCCAUACAUACCAAUACAUGAAUACAACAAGUUGGGAUGAGAAUGUGAUUUGGAUUUUUUGCACUUGAAGACAUCUGGCAAAGAGUGACUGGCACAUUGAAAACUCUAACAUAUUAAGCCUUCUUCAGAAGCGCCCGCGAUGAGAGCCCGCCAGGAGACGCCGUCGCCGCCGCAGCAGCAGCCGGCCAUGGCGCCGGCGCCGCUGCCGGUCAUCUCGUUCGACGUGCACGCCUUUCUGGGCGACGACCCGCCGGUGGACCAGCUGCUGCAGAGCCUGCUGGACUCACCGCGGGCCUCUGUGCCGGCCGCGCUGCCGCCGCCGGCGCCGGCCGCCGCCGCCGGCUGCUCGGCCGUCACUACCGUGGGUGCCCAGGGCCGGCCGUCGGCCGCUGAACGGGCGCUGCUGGCGCGCGUGCGCCGCGUCCUGGAGGACGUCAAGGUGCCGGCCGGCGUGCCGCCCACGGCCGCCCGCAUGGUGCUCGUCCACUACAUGGAGGCCCAACGGCGCAGCACCGUGGAUGGAAACAUACUGCUCCAUAAGCUGGCCAAGAAGAACAAUGCCGCCCAGUUGGCGCGCUACGCCGACCUGAUGAAGAAACUCCAGCAUAAGACACACGUCAAUACCAAGAACCGACACGGAGAGACCCCUCUGCACGUGGUGACCGGCGCCGAGUGCGCGCGCAUCCUGCUGGAGCGGGGCGCGCAGCUGGACGCCGUCGACAAGCUGGGCAACACGCCCAUUCACCUGGCGGCCCGAUAUCAGCGCGUCGAGGUGCUCGCCGCCCUACUCGACUGGGGCCCAGACUACAGCCUGCUCGACAAGAAAAACCUGGAAGGCUACACGGCUCUUCACCUGGUGGUGAUUCAUCAGCCGGUCUCGGACCCGCACCGCCGCGCCCUCCAGCUGCUCAUCGAGAACAGCGUCGAUGUCAACGUGGCGGACGACACUGGCGGCCGCUCGGCUCUGUUCCACGCUGUUCUCCGCGGAGAUGAGCUCUCCGUCCGUGAGCUGGUGGAGAAUAACGCCGCCGUCAACAUGGCCGACUUCUCCGAGACCACGCCACUGCAGGCUGCCGAGGACGUCCUUCCCGCAAACAACAACCACAUCUGCAGCAUCCUACUGGAGCGUGGUGGCUUCAAGGUGCCGCCAGCCGACCGGGUGACCCAGACCGGUCGUCGCUCCGGCUCCCGCAGAGGGCGCUCCUAGAGCCCGACAGAGCGAUACGCGCCGGGACGGGUGCACCCGGCGGCUGCACUGGAAGCUGGGGUGUGGAGAGAGAGUAUGGGAGGGAUGCUGGAGACAGGGCGUAUACAGGGUGUCUCAAAAGUUCGUUUACACAUUUCCCAUGUCAAUAAAGCAUAUAAGAACCGGCCAAAAAUCUUAGGUUUUGGUGUUCGUGUGUACACUAGACAAAUAUGCAUGCUUUGACAACUGAUUCGGAAGGUUGGAAACCAAACCCUUUGCUGUAUCUCCAAAAAUAUUUGCCCAUACCGAUUUUCGUCACUCCGUCAGCUGCCGGAGGCUGAUAAAAGGUUACCAGCUUUCAAGCUCUUGUAGGGGAAUCCCCCGUAGUUUCUGCGUCGGAUUUAGGUUUGACGAGCUCCCCGGCAACAUCCGCUUCUCCCUGAAAGCCGAUAGCUUGCAUCGACACCAUCCGUGAGUAUUUUGUAGGUCUUCUCUGGCGCUAACUCCUUCAUGAAUGACUGGCGCCGACCUCCCAAGCACCAUUUUCCUUUUCAAAACAACCCCAUUCCUGAACAAAUGGGAAGUGCCAGGGGCAAAUUUUUCGCAGCAUAUCGUAGCAGAAUGUGUCGGCCAUCUGCUUCUUAGACACAUUUUGCAAAAUUUGCGAAUCCCGAACGCUCGUCAUUCCCAAUGCCAAGACCUUCGCUGGGUUCCGGAGUGUUUUCCUCAGGAGAGGUUCUGCUUUGUAAACGGCCAAAACCUGUCCAUCGUGCGGUUUUGUCCAGAUUUUGUGUGUAAAAGAAAGCUAUUUGCUCCAGAGCUGCCUCUUGAAACUUCAUUAGAUAAAACUUUACAUUAAUUGACACUUUUGGAGGGUCACUUGUCCUCGGCAUUGACGAUUUUCGCAUUAUUUUCCCUCAAAAUUUAGCGUUAUAGAUAUCAUAAACAAUUUUUAAUGAUAUUUUGUCUUUAUUUUAUGAUGACCUGCAAUUUUUGAAACUGGGUAACCUCUGUCUGUGAGCUUCUAGUCAGUUUUCAAUAGUUAGGACUGCAUUUUCAGCUGCUUUCCCGAGCACGAGUCUGCUGCGGUACAAGGGUCGUUCAAAGCGCUGUUAGUCUCGCAUGGUUUUGUUAUUCAAAAAUUUUAGCCACCGUUUUUAUUAGAUGACCAUCAUGUUGUACUCAUCCUCGCCGACACUUUGCCAUGUGUCAUUUCCGACCUAACCAUUCCCAUUACUCGUGAAGCAGAGAGUUUCUCAGCCGACCCGAGUAUGCGACCUCCAUUUUCAUGCCUGAUCCAUGGUCAGAGGUGAACCCUUUUUGUGAGCUCAUGAAGGGUCGAAUGCGCUUGAAAACAAUGAAGCUGCUUGAGGAAGGUUGUUACCAAUGCCCAUGCAAAAUUUCGACUGUUAAUUUCAUGUUGAUUCAGAAUUAUUGACAAAAAAGCAUGGCUGGUACCUGUAAGCGAACUUUUGAGACACCCUGUAUUUGUGUGUGGAGAGAGUGAGAGAGGCUCGGUCUAUCCGCCUGGCCUGAGGCUGAGUCGACGCCACGGUGUGUAUCGGUUAGUGUUGGGAUGGAAAGCUCUUUGGAAGGCAUCGGUAGCCGCCUGUUUGUAACUGACAAGCACUACAUUCGGUUAUCACCAAGUCGGUGCCGAUGGCCCUCGCUGUAGCGCCAGGACGGCGGUGGGAAUCCGACUCGUGUGCGCUGUGUCUCUGUGUUUCGUGUGCGGCCAUACCAGCGCAGAGACGGCAACAAGGUCCGACUCCCCUUAUGUCUUGAGUAUGCGACAGAGUAGACAGUGGUUAGUGUCGAGUCCCAGCUGCCCGCUCCGAUCGAGGGGAGUGUAGGGGUCAGCUGCCUACAGGCACUGCAUUGUGUGCGUUUCAGAACGGACAUAAAUGCACCGAUGUGAGCGGGAGAACAGUAGGCCUGUGACGACUGUGAGUGUAUGAUGUGACUUCAUUGCUGCCUGAGCGCGCACCCAACACUGGUCCAAAGUGAAUGACUUAAUUAAUGAAAACGGUGAGGCUUAUUCGAUAUGUUGAACUUUGAACCUAUUUUUGGCUUAUGUUUCGUUCUAAUCAUAGUCAUUUGUUGUUAAAGCGAUUUUGUGCACCGUUCAUCAUUAUGGUUUUACUGCACCUUUCGUGGCGGUCUUACUACCGUCUUGAACAGGUUGCCAAGUAGGUUCUAGAACACUGCUGAACUAUUUUAUUGUGUACUUUGAAAUUUCGCUCCAUUAGCGUUCCCUGCAUAUGAGACAGGGUCACGUGUGCCCUGACUGCUUUUUGCCAUGCUAUGCGCAAUAACUUAAUCAGCUUUUAUUCUUACUACAUCGCUACCAGCUUCAGCGCUGCAGUUAUGUAUCCACUUCAUGUAUGUCUGUCUCUCCCGCGACUGUUUGGAUGUUCGCUGUUUUACGUGUGCGAGCUGCUUCCGUUGAUGUAACAGAAAUGCUGGCGAUCGAUGAGGCUUGUAAGAUGGACGUUCAAACGGUAUUUUUAUAGCUAUAUUGGCUCGAACGUAGUGAGGCAGGCGAGGGACAGCGUCUCGAGGCCAGCGACGAGGUUUGUUGUUGCGCCGGAUGGGACGAAGGGUAACUUGUGGUGCUAUGAUACGGAGACAGCUCCGUAAGGCGGACAGGCCGUUUACGACGCACCUGUGUCGUCCGUGACGCGUCUCUGUUGCUAUCUUACCGUGACGUUCGGCUGGCUGGAUGAGUGGUGCGAGUACAAAUGCCAGGCUCUGUAGUCUGUAAGCAGAAUGAGCGCACGUCCACGCCUCAGCGGUUGGUAUGUAGGCGUAGGUAGACCAUACUGUACCCCCGCGGAUAGCUUAGGGAGGUAAAAAGACCACAAUCGCUGGCGAGAAGUCUGCUGAGCGUGUCCAAGGAUCGGCGUUAGGCGAAAGCUGUUCGUAUGUGUACUGCAUGGAAUCAACUCUACAGGGUGGAAAGUAAUUACGCGAACAUACUUUUUCGUCUUAUAGCAAUGGAAAAAGCGGCGGUGACAUGAAAAUUUCACCUUUUCAUAUAUUCCUAUUUAUGUGCGAUACACUGACAAAGGCGUUCAGGCAUAAUUGACAUGAGCAUGUCAAGCACUGUUGGCCAACGCUUAGUCCACGCCUCCUGGAGCUGUCUGGUGAGGCAAUCGAUGUUGGUGGCUACUAGCAGCUCUUAGACGCUCUCCUGAAGAGUCGCCUGGAUAUUUUUGAUCAAAUUGAGGUCUGGGCUAUUCCCAGAUUGACCAUUAUAUGCCCAGAAGAAGAACGGGUUCUCAAAGCACCAGUCUUGCGUCUUUUUGGCCGUGAGAGGAAGGACUUUAUCAAUCAUGAAGAAGAGUUUCUUUGCGUCGGGCACAAAAGUGCGCUCAAUCAUUUUGCCCCUUUUGGUGCAUUGAUGGAUUAGAUAAAGAGACUCGUCUGGAAGGAUGUUCCACUAGUUGUAUACUUUGUUUUUGGUGGCCUUGUUGGUCACUGCAUGCAAUUCUGACACCAUCCGGGCGCUCAUAACACGCUGUGUGUUCCUUUGCCGGAUGUUUGAAGGUUGGGACGGGCGGGACGUCGGACGCAUCAGCAGCCCCCAACGCGUUGUUCUGCAGGUUUGACGGAUGAAAUAGCUUCGAAGAUGUCUCACCCAACCACAAAGCCAGCUGCCUGUCCUCCUCUGUUCAGGUUUGGCGGUCUUUAGAAAACUUAAAUUGACAAUCCUGCUGUUAAUUCAUGAAUUUUGGCCAUCUCGAUUGUUUGUACGGCUUAAUUUUCGAAUUUUCACGGAUUUAUGUAUGAAUCGUGAUAUCUUAGAUCGGGUACCCGGCCAAAGUAAACCAUUUCGCCUGUUUUCGGGUCGACUGUUGUCGUUUGGUCGCGGAAAUGGUGACCACCCAUUCGGCGCCUGAAUUCGCCGAGGUUUUACUGCCGCCAACGGCUUUACUUUUUAAGUCCUCUUAAGUUUUAUUAUGCUUCAACCAAAGGUGUAAUUGAGUAAUGCUGGUGCCGAGACCGUUCCGAGUCCCUUCCGCACCAAUCCAGCCAAAAUAAUCACAAACGCUUUCCCUGGCAACUUUAAAUUGAGCUCUUUGCCCAUUUUGGUCUUGAGCAGCGUAUGGCGUCAGCACCACUCGAAGCCGAGAGGUGUUGUAGACCUUCCAAGUCAUUUUUUCAAAGUAAGGUCACUUUUGUUAGAUGAGGCGACAAGAAACACGACCAGUCAUGUUCCAUAACAGCCCGCGCUCAUACAAAAUCUCCACUGACGGGCGAAAUUGUAAGAAAAUACAUGUUCGCGUAAUUACUUUCCACCCUGUAUGUGCCGGUGAGCAAACGCCAUGCUUGAAGAAAAAGCUGGCUGUAAUCGACCUGGAUGGAUUACCAUCGAGUUGUUGAAGGUCGUUCGUCAUGGGAAGCACCUCAGUGUUCAAUUUUUGGCUAUCGAAAAGUGUAAUGAGCUUUGCUGAAUAACCUAAAGCUUCUACUUAUGCUGUAUCAAAUAAAGGUAUGUACGCCGU